CGGUGCUAGAACCCCAGUUUAAAAACUCGCGGGGCACCAACCCUAGAUCGGGGACCCGGCGGCGGCUCCGCGGGAAAGAGCGAGGCUGGCGCAGCGCCGAGGCCGCGGCCCUGGGGGCCCGCAAUCCGCGCCACGGAAUCCCCGAGUGAGCCGGGGUGAACGCAGCCACUGCCCGUCACAAACAGUGAAGAAGCUCCUGGAGGAACAGAGGCGUCGUCAGCAGCAGCCUGAUGCUGGUGGGGUACCGGGACAGUUUCCACCUCCUCUGGCCCAGUCCCUGACCCCAUCUGUGAAUGAGAGUGAGGCAGGACCCCCUGGAUACCCGGCUUUAUGCAGAACCUUCCCUGCCACAGGCAGGAUCCUGGAGAGGUUCUGGACUCCCCUCAGGACCCCCACAGAUGCCUCCCAUGACCACCGGACCAUCUCUGGACACAGCCCGUGCUCACAUGCUGGCUUUGGGGCCACAACGGCUGCUGGCCCAGGAUGAAGAGGGAGACACGCUCCUGCACCUGUUUGCGGCUCGUGGCUUGCGCUGGGCAGCAUAUGCUGCAGCUGAGAUGCUCCAAAUGUACAGACAUCUGGACAUUCGUGAGCAUAAGGGCAAGACCCCUCUCCUGGUGGCUGCCGCCGCCAACCAGCCCCUGAUUGUGGAGGAUCUACUGAACCUGGGAGCAGAGCCCAAUGCCACUGAUCAUCGGGGACGUUCUGUCUUGCAUGUGGCCGCUACCUAUGGGCUCCCAGGAGUCCUCUCGGCUGUGAUUAACUCCAGGGUUCAGGUUGACCUAGAAGCCAGAGACUUUGAGGGCCUCACCCCUCUCCACACGGCCAUCCUGGCCCUCAAUGUUGCUAUGCACCCACCUGACCUAUGUUCCCGGGUGCUGAGUACCCAGGCCCGAGACAGGCUGGCUUGUGUCCAAAUGUUGCUGCACAUGGGUGCUGAUCACACCAGCCAGGAAAUCAAGAGCAAUAAGACGGUUCUGCAUCUGGCCGUGCAGGCUGCCAAUCCCACCCUGGUUCAGCUGCUCCUGGAGCUGCCACGGGGAGACUUGCGGGCCUUUGUCAACAUGAAGGCCCAUGGGAACACAGCCCUCCACAUGGCGGCUGCCCUGCCCCCUGGGCCACCCCAGGAGGCCAUCGUGCGGCGCCUGCUGGCAGCUGGGGCAGAUCCAACACUGCGAAACCUGGAGAAUGAGCAGCCUGUCCACCUGCUGCGGCCCGGGCCGGGCCCCGAAGGGCUCCGGCAGCUGUUGAAAAGGAGCCGUGUGGCACCCCCAGGCCUGUCCUCUUAGGACUCAAACCCAGAACCUGGACUGAUUUUCCAGUCCCCACCGUCCUGUGGGACAGCCAGCGUAUGCUAAUGUUGCAAAUCCGUGAUAAUGUAUGUGGAAUGUCCUGCCAUUGGGGUCUUACAUUAAAACCCCAAAAUGGCUGCGGGGGUGUAAACAAUCCCCAAUAUUUGGGGUGGUGUAAUACCCCUCUCCCACCUACAAGGAGCCCUCUUGAUGAUUUCUGUGAAAUCGAGGCCCCUUGAUUGUUUCUGUGAAACACCUGGACCUCUAGCCCUUUCCCCAUUGGGAUCUUUUGGGGCCCCCUCCCCUACUCGACCGUUCACACCUAGAACCCCAUAUGUGAUUUCCCUACACAGUACUUGGAGUACCCCCAAAUAGCUCCCAGUGCCACCCAGUAGAGCUCCUAAGAUGACCCCCCAAACCUCCCCAGGACCCACACCAUUCAGGUCCUUACCUCUGAGACAUAGGAAGGACUCUUCUAGAUGUGAGUUCCCUAGGUCAUAUGCUUUCUAAUUCAGAACUCCACUGGCUGGACCCCCCCUGUCCCCAAUCUCCCCAUUUCCAUUGAAUCCCUCCCCGAUGUGGAACUCCUUAUUAAACUCAAUUUGGACUCAA